UAUUACUCUUACAAAUAGAGUACUAGUAUUUAGUAUUAUACAAACUCUUGACAAAUCUCUUCUAAACAUUGUUAAUGAAAGAAUCACAACAAAAGCUCCAUUUGAGAGAAAGCUUCUUCUCUUGGGUUUCUCCUUCCUCAUCAUCAAAAGCUGCUUAUUAUCAACACUUAUAUUAUAUAGGGAAGAAAUUAAAGUGAAGUUUUAUUCGAAAAAAUUAAAGAAAAUGGGAAGAGGGAAAAUUGUGAUUAAGAGGAUAGACAAUUCGAGCAGCAGACAAGUUACUUUCUCAAAAAGAAGAAUCGGAUUGCUUAAAAAAGCUCGAGAAUUAUCAAUAUUGUGUGAUGCAGAUGUUGGUGUUGUAGUGUUUUCUAGCACUGGAAAACUCCAUGAUUUCGCAAGCACCAACAUGAAAACUAUGAUUGAACGAUACAACAAAAUGAAGGAGGUGACCAGCCACCAACUGUCAUCGGUCACUUCAGAACUUAAGUUUUGGCAAAGAGAGGCAACAAACUUGAAGCAACAAUUGCAGUUUUUACAAGAAAGCCACAGAAAACUAAUGGGGCAAGGACUUUCAGAUUUGAACGUCAAAGACUUGUACAGUUUGGAAAAUCAAUUGGAAACAAGUUUACGAAGUGUUCGAAUGAGAAAGGAUAAUCUCCUAUCAAACGAGAUCAAAGAACUGAACCAAAGGGGUGCUAUUAUUCAUCAAGAGAAUAUUGAACUCUAUAAGCAAUUUAAUCUUGUGCAACAACAACAUUCUGAGCUGCUAAACAAGGUUUGCGCAUCAGAGGAGAUGAAUCAGAUAGAUCAACACCCACAUAUGCUAUAUAAUGUUAAAAACAAUCAUCAAAUGAACACAACAAUUAAUCUCCAGCUAAGCCCACCAGACCAGCAAAAUAAUGAGUCAUCCACCAGAAACAUGCAACUAUGCUUGCAACUACAUUAGUGAAGCUAAGAGACUCAACUGCCACACCAAAUGCUUAGGCUGGAGAUUACAAUGGUCAUUUCUACUUUAAUGGAAGCAGAUGCUUGUAAAGGUGCAUUAUGAAUCACCUACAGAUUUGGUAUGAUUAGACAUAUAGAGCUAAUUUAGUAUAAAUGGUCAAUGGCUGCUUGCAAUUUUAUUAAAAAUAUGUGCUUGUUCGAGUAGGGUGUGUGCUUGUAAUUAGCAUAGUGUAUAUCAUGAUUUCCCAUAAUGGAAGCUUUAAAAAUAACUACAUUUAUUAAAAAUGUGAUUUCCUCUAAUUUUUGAAAAAAAAUAUUUAGGUUUGUUUGAAUGAAAAUCAAAAAAGAAACUGAAUUGGGUGAGUUUCAUUCAAAACUUAUGCAUUUUUAUUGUUUAGUUGUAUGUUUAUAAGUCAAAAAAACAAAAUAGUUUGGUUUGUCUUGCACAUGACUACACUAAUAGAAUAUUGGAUGAAUUUCCUUAAUAGAUACUUUUGACAAAAAAAAUAUAUAUUCUUUUAGGUACUUCUUUUUUUAAAAAAAUAGUGUAGGUACUUUUCAACCAAAAAAUCACUUUUAAUAAGUACUUUCUGACAAUUUUUCUUAAAACUUUUCUUAAAUUGUGCAUACAUUAACCUCUAAUAACUUGGUGCCUUCAACUCAAAAACUACAUGAAUCCUUCUAGCAACCAAAGUUAAUAAUCCCAAUAUAUGAAGAGAAAGAUUGAACAUAUGAGAUGAAAAUUGGUGAAAAAUGUGGUAUCAUAUCCAAAAAACAAAAUAUAACAAAUUGAAUAAAGUGGAUAUAAAUGACGAAUAAAGCAAAUUUAGGGUGACGGAGGUUGGAGGGAGUACUCAACAUUGAACAUAAGAGCAUUACAACCAGAAAAUUGAAAACAUAGCUGCAAAAUGGAUAUCACACUAGGUGUCACAUAACUGCAUACUUGAAUUCAAGUAAAUAAAUGGAUGGGGCAUAAAUCUAACUACAUUUCACCCAUACAUAUAACCUGAUGCUUAUUUCUUGGUUAAGGAAAUCUAUGAUGCUGGUAUUAGACCAAAGAUUGACUAGUAAAUCAAAAGGGAAACCAACGGAAGGCAUUCUAUUAAAUUAUCAACACGGCCACCUAUGGUCAGGUCGGGCAGGCGGCCGCAGCAAUACAUCUCAAUCAAACUUGUACUGUGCACAUGCAAUGGCUGACCAAACACACAAACAGGAAUUAUGUUACACAAAUUCUCAAAUGAGACGAUUUUCGGUGAGACUAUUUCUAUUGGGCUAACUUAAUAUACACUUAAUGUCUUAAAUUAUCAUAAAUGAUCACUUUUUAUAGUCUUAGAGUGAUCAUAAAGUGUGAACACUUGCGAUCUUAAAGUAAUCAAUCAGAUAAAUAGACUAAUUAUAAUGACUCAACUCAUUC